UUUGCAAUAGAUCGUACUAACUUAAAGAGUUUUCAGUUAAUUGGAAAAAUAUGAGGAAAUUUAACUGUGAUGCUGUAUGUGUUAUUAUAAUACAUCUUAUUUUUUAAUUAAAGUUUUGUAUUACAUGGCACAGUAAACGAACAUAAAAAAUACACUCGAUAAUAAUCAAAGAUGUCUUAUUGCUUUGAUCAUGUUACAUAUCUUGCAGUUCUUUCAACUACUUUACACCCCACUAGAAUUAUGUAUUUGUCUCUAAAAUGCCUAUGAGUAACUCAGGUCACAAGCAAAAAGAAGGGAGAGGCUGUUAUCUCGAGCCAAGAAACUUUCGGGUUGACAGCUUACAAACCUGUGAAGCCUGUGAUGUGACAUUGUUCAUCCUCAAGGUGUGACAACCGUUUCUAUCAUCUCCCACAUACGUCACUAGCCCCCAUUAUCCUGAUAUAUAUAAGGCCACAGGAAGUGUGGGCAUAAGAUUAAAAGGUUUACCAAAGCAGAGAGCUCAACUCUGCUGGCUUAGACCAAAUAAUUUAAAAUUAUUAACAGGAGAUAAAAAGGAGAAUUAAUACAUUUUCAUCUUAUCUCAGUUUCGAUUUAACUGAUUAAACAAUGGGGGUUGGAGUGAUGAUAUCAAUUUCUCUACUUCUGACAGGCGCAACAAUGUAUACGACGCUGGAAGCCACCACGGCAUCGACAACAAUGACGACGACAGCCGCACAAACAACAAUGACUGCAGCUCCAACAACCACGACAGCCACACCAACAAACACGACAGCCACACCAACAACCACGACAGCGGCACAAACAACCACGACUGCAGUACCAACAACCACGACAGCUACACAAACAACAACGACUGUAGCUCCAACAACCAUGACCGUAGUGCCAACAACCACAACUGCAGCUCCAACAAUCACGACCGCAUUACCAACUACCACGACCGCAUUACCAACAACCACAACUGCAGCUCCAACAACCACGACAGCUGCACCAACAACCACAACAGCGGCACCAACAACCACGACAACCGCACCAACAACAAUGACUGUAGCUCCAACAACCACGACCGCAGCUCCAGCAACCACUACCGCAGCUCCAACAACCACAACAGCGGCACCAACAACCACAACUGCAGCUCCAACAACCAUGACCGCAGCUCCAACAACCACGACCGCAGCUCCAACAACCACGACCGCAUUAUCAACUACCACGACAGCUGCACCAACAACCACGACAGCGGCACCAACAACCACGACAGCGGCACCAACAACCACGACAGCGGCACCAACAACCACGACCGCAGCUCCAACAACCACGACCGCAGCUCCAACAACAAUGACCGCAGCUCCAACAACCACAACAGCGGCACCAACAACCACAACAGCGGCACCAACAACCACAACUGCAGCUCCAACAACCACGACCGCCGCACCAACAACCACGACCGCAGCUCCAACUACCACGACCGCAUUAUCAACUACCACGACAGCUGCACCAACAACCACGACAGCCGCAUCAACAACCACGACAGCUGCACCAACAACCACGACAGCUGAACCAACAACCACGACAGCUGCACCAACAACAAUGACCGCAGCUCCAACA